AUGGAGAAUGUCGGAGAGAUUGGCCAGGGGAGACCUCCCUUUGAACCACCAGAUGGGGGAGGAGGGUCUAGUUGGGGGAAAGCCACAUUCAGGGAUAAACUCAUGGGGGGUGUUACUAUGCCACCACGUAAGGAGAAAGUGGAUUUGAUAUCCAUGAAUCAUUUUCGUAUUGAAUACGAGGAAGGCGAUAGGCUUCGUCCGAAGUGUUUUGUGGAGGAGAAUAUUGUCCAAGAGUUAUGGAAGCCGUGGGUGGAUGCUGUAUUUGUGAAACUCCUAGGUAAACCACUAGGAUUCAGAAUAAUGAAGGAGAAAUUGAAGAGCACUUGGAAGUUGGGAGGAGAGUUUGAUUUGAUGGACGUAGGGAAUGGGUUCUUUAUAGUGAAAUUUGAUCGUGCAGAAGACAAAAGUAAGGUUGUUGAAAAUGGUCCAUGGAUGAUCUUUGAUCAUUAUUUAUCGAUUAGACCUUGGGUGCCUAAUUUUGUUUCUUCAGAGGCUCGUAUUGAGAGAACCAUGGCUUGGAUUCGCUUUCCAAAUCUUGGAUUGGAAUAUUAUGAUGAAAGUAUUUUGCUGGCUUUAGCGUCUGCUGUUGGGAAACCUUUAAAAGUGGACACCAUGACGAUGGGCGUUGUGCGGGGACGUUUUGCUCGGGUUUGUGUGGAAUUAGAACUUGAUCGUCCAGUAGUGGGUAAAGUUUGGUUCCGUAAUCAUUGGUUUAAGGUGGAAUAUGAGGGCCUCCACCUCUUGUGUUCAAAGUGUGGGUGUUAUGGCCACUUGUCUAGAGCAUGUUCACAUAAAGAAGCUGCUGACCAGGUGACGACUAAUGGCUUAGCUCAUGCAGCCAUGGCGGAGGGCGGCGGAGAAGGACCUAGCGUUCAAGUUGAAGGCACAGCAGGCGAGCAUGUCAACCCUAGCCAAUCUACCAACGUGAUUCAAGGGAUUCAGCUGCAUGGUGAUUGGCUAAUGGUAUCGCGCAAUAAACGUGGGGCGAAGAGUAAGGAGAAUUUAAUGGGCGGUAAUAAAUUGCAGCAACAACAAGGGAGGAAAGAGAAUAAAUUGAUUGCAUCCAAAAAUAAAUAUGAUGUUUUGAAUGGUAUUAUGGGAGAAAAAUCAAUAGAAUCCAAUCAUGAGCAAAGUAUUGUGGGGGAACCAGAUUUUGUAUUUAAUGCUGACACUGCCAAAGUGUGGACUAGGAAGAAGCGUCAACGCAAAGACAGGUUGUCUCCUUUGCCUAAGAAUAAUUUUGACAGUAAUAUUCAAAUAGUGGUGGAUCGUGUAGAGUCUAAUUACGUGUCACAUAAGCCGCCCCUAGAAAGUGGAGAUCACAUGCCCAUGCCAAAAGGAAAUGACACUAAUGUCCCCAUAGUCAAAUCACAUGAUCACGGUAUCUUCACAACUAUGAAUAUUGAGGUGGCAGGUCCAAAUCAUUUCAGAUUUGUAGAUGAGCCUGACCCCCCUGACACACACUUUUCCUUGGGGUGUGUGGAAGGAAAGGACAAGGGAGUCAUGAUUAAUGGAUCACCACAUGAUGUUGAGGAGGAGGUAGAGAUGGUAGUGGAGACUCCUGGAAUGAGAAUUUAA